UAGGGAUUUACCAUGGGGGCAUCUGAUUGACAUCCCAGAGACAGACAAUUCUGGGCAAAUAUUGCACAUGUUGGCCUUACACCUAGUGAAGGAGCAACCGGAUGAUGAGCUCUGGUUUGCCAUUGGGGAUACACUGUAUAAGUUUACUUAUGUGGACUUUUGCUACAUAAGUGGAUUACCAAACGGUGUUGAACCAGAACCUGAGGCAGCUGGGGAUGAAGAUUCUGAACAGGAUGUUGGACAUGAUUCAGGACACGAAUCUGCCGAAGAAGCUGAACCAGUAGGGGCCCUUGCUCAGAAAUAUUUUGGUGGCAAAGUUGACAUUACUCACGUCACUUUGAAGAAUAGAUUUAAGAAACUGAGGUUUUCCACACGUGCUGAUUCGAUGGAUGCUGUGAAGUUGGCCUCGUUGUACUACAUUGAGUGCGUUUUGCUAGCAAAGGACAACACUACGAGGAUAAAUGCUUCAUCAAUCAGACUGGUGAAUGAUUUAGAGGAGUUCAAGAAGUGUCCGUGGUCACUUCGUUCAUACAAGAUAUUAGUGAAGCAUAUGAAGGACCUGAUGCAUGACCAACCUCAGAAGUUCAAGGACAAAAAGCAGGGCAAUCCUAAAUAUAAGAAUGCAAAGUUAUCAUUAUACGGUUUUCCACUAGUUUUGCAGGUGUGGGCUUACGAAGAAAUUCCUGAAGUUGGUAACAACUUUGCAAAGAAAGUGGCUAAUCAUGAAGUGCCUUUGCUAAAUUGGACUGCUG